ACCCUGCGCCCGGAAUCGGGGGGGCUGCCUGAGCGGGCCGUGCGUGGGGGCAGCCGACCAGAGACGGAGAGUAGGUGGCCCCCCCCAGCGUGUUCCUCUGCACGGCGCCCCUCCACUCACACCUGCCCCCUCUCCUCACCUCACCUCCACUGUGAGGGGCUCCUUCACCUUCUCCCACACAGGCCACAUUAGCCUUUUGCAGGGUCGGUUGGGCCUUGCGUGUCUUCUGUUGUUUGGCGAAAUAUGAAGACAGCAGGGCCAGAGAAUCUUCUAGCUGCCUUUCAAGGGACACCUGCCCCCAAGAGCACACAUCUGUGGGAGGGAGACCAUGGGGGGCGGUUCUCAACAAUGCCUUUCCCCUGUUCACCCCAGGUGCCUCUUCAUGGCAAUUACCCCCCUUACUUACCAAACCUGCUUAACUCUGUAGUUCUCAUAUCAAAUCUGCUUUAUUUUUCCUAAUACACAUUUAAGUAAAUAUGUAACCUCUCAAAAGAAAAAAUGUCCACGCAGACUUCACCAGAAACAGCCUCGUUUGUCAGCAGUGGUGACAAAUACAGGGGAAGUUAGGAGAGGAGCCCGAAUGUUAGGACGAGCACGGGCUCCCCCGUGCCCAGGUGUGUGACCUGGGCAGGUCAGCUUCAGCUCAUGCAGGGGCCUGCUGAGGCCUAGAUCUCCAAAAGAUAGGCCAUCCAGGCGUCCGGGCACAGGGCCGAUGCUCAGAUGUUCCGUAGCCUGCCCUUAGGUAUUUCUGUCCCUGGCUUUAUUGGCGACUUGAUUUUGGAGGUAAAAGGCCAGCACCAAAGAAGCAAACUGACUUUUCCAAGGGUUCUCAAGCCUGGCUAGGGGCCCGGUCAGGAGCGGCUGGAGCAGUCGUUCCAUCCUCCUGUUGAUCACUCCAGCUCUGGGCUGCGAGCGCAGAGGCCAGGCCUCCCAGCUGGUCUGCCGGCCCCUGUGCUCCUGGAGCCUGUUGUAGAACCUUCCUUCCUGCUGCCGGUCUGCAUGCCUGGCCACUGAAGUCACUAGGGACUGUGCAAAAGAAUCGGGGAGGCCAGGAAAGGGCAGCCUCCAAGAUUCAGGUGUGUUAAAGCCACAGUUUUCAGGCAUGGUCCCUCGUAGCUAAUGGUCACUAAAAUCUCAAAGCUUGUGAGUGACUUUUAAAAAAACCAUGAAUUAAGGCCAGAUCCAACGCUAUCGCUCUCCGUUGCUUCCCAGCAUGCUCUCCUGAGCAGGACAGAGGAGGGAGGGAUGGAGCGAUGACAACCAAGAGGGAAGCUGCCCUUGCUCUUGCAGACAAGCUGGCCGGAACCAGGCCUUCUGGGACCGAAGCUCAUGGAGUAAUCCUACUAGCCAACGUUCACUGACCUUCUGCUCUAGUCAGUGCCAUUCUUGGUCCUUAACCACUCUGACCAGCCUCAUAAGGUACAUACUACUAUGACUCAUUUUCUAGGUAAAUCUGCCGAGGCACAGAGAAGCCCAGGGCUUUGUACGAGGUCACACAGUCGCAGAGCCCAGCACACACAGUGGGCCUUAAUUCCCAGCCACAUUUCUGCUGAGCGUGCCACAAUGCUUGGGGAUGGCUGUGACGGUGUCAGCAGAUGUCAAAGGCCCAAGGGUGGCUUGUCAGCUCCCCGAGUCCGGCUGCCCGGGAACACUGACCACGCCGCAGCCGUGUCCCCGUGCAAGAUCCUCAAGUGCAACUCUGAGUUCUGGAGCGCCACGGCGGGCAGCCACUCCCCGGCCUCGGACGACGCCCCCGAGUUCUGCGCCGCGCUGCGCACCUACGCCCUGUGCACGCGGCGCACGGCCCGCACCUGCCGGGGCGACCUGGCCUACCACUCGGCCGUCCAUGGCAUCGAGGACCUCAUGAGCCAGUACAACUGCUCCAAGGAUGGCCCCACGUCGCAGCCGCGCCUGCGCACCCUGCCGCCGCCGGGCGACAGCCAGGAGCGCUCCGACAGCCCCGAGAUCUGCCACUACGAGAAGAGCUUCCACAAGCACUCGGCGGCCCCCAACUACACGCACUGCGGCCUCUUCGGGGACCCGCACCUCAGGACUUUCACAGACCGCUUCCAGACCUGCAAGGUGCAGGGCGCCUGGCCUCUCAUCGACAAUAAUUACCUGAACGUGCAGGUCACCAACACACCUGUGCUGCCCGGCUCGGCCGCCACCGCCACCAGCAAGCUCACCAUCAUCUUCAAGAACUUCCAGGAGUGCGUGGACCAGAAGGUGUACCAGGCGGAGAUGGACGAGCUCCCCGCCGCCUUCGCCGACGGCUCCAAGAACGGUGGGGACAAGCACGGGGCCAACAGCCUGAAGAUCACGGAGAAGGUGUCAGGCCAGCACGUGGAGAUCCAGGCCAAGUACAUCGGCACCACCAUCGUGGUGCGCCAGGUGGGCCGCUACCUGACGUUCGCGGUCCGCAUGCCCGAGGAGGUGGUCAACGCCGUGGAGGACCGGGACAGCCAGGGCCUCUACCUCUGCCUGCGGGGCUGCCCCCUCAACCAGCAGAUCGACUUCCAGGCCUUCCGCGCCAACGCCGAGGGCCCCGGCCCCCACAGGCCAGAGGCCGCCAGCCCCGCGCCCGCGGCCCCGGACACCUUCCCGUACGAGACGGCCGUGGCCAAGUGCAAGGAGAAGCUGCCCGUGGAGGACCUCUACUACCAGGCCUGCGUCUUCGACCUGCUCACCACGGGCGACGUGAACUUCACGCUGGCCGCCUACUACGCCCUGGAGGACGUCAAGAUGCUGCACUCCAACAAAGACAGGCUGCACCUGUAUGAGAGGACUCGGGAGCCGCCGGGCCGGGCGGCCGCCGCAGAGCUGCCCCCCACCCCCCGGCCCCUCCUGGGCAGCCUGUUGCUCCUCGCCCUGCUCCCCGCCUUCCUGGAGGCUGUGGCCGCGUAGGGCAGAGAGGGGCGGCUGCCCGUCCCUGAGCUGGUGGGCGGCUGCAGGAGGGCUGGGGCCGUCGGGGGGCACGGGGGCUGGGGGGAGGGGACGGCCCUGCAGGGUCUGCAGGGGUCAGGAGAGGAGGCAGCCACUGGCCGGCGGGCUGCGGACGGUUACCUCAGAGCUGCCCUGGGCUGUGUGCUGGCAAGGGCUGGGGCAGGGGGUGGCCUCUCCCCCCCCACCCCGCCCCCUCCGUCAGGGGCCCUUGAGAGGUCGUGGUGACUGGUGCUGUGAUGUUUGUGACAGUUGAGCUGUGUGAGGGGGGGAGCCGCUCCCCUCCACCCGCCCCGCAGUGUGAAUGUGCAAAACAGAGCCCCUCAGGCCGAAGCCCCCCACCCCUGCCCUGCCAGAGACACUGGGAUUGAUCAGAGUCGAGCUCCUCCCCACCCCCCGCCCCUGCAAUGCACUGAAACAGGCCCAGCCGACCGCUGCCCGUGCCCGCCACACGCACACACACACGAGCACACUCGCACACACUAAGCUGAGGGGCUGAGGCAUCCGAGAGGCUGGACCCCCCCCCCCAGGCGGGGCCUCCUUUCCCCUCGGGCCUUAGGACGACUCUGGGGGGCUGCUCGGCAUCUUUAGCAAAUUGUCAUCCUUUGACCCAAAGGUUGUGCCCGCCUGGUGCCUUCCUGCCAUGGCCUGCCUGUGAGCCGAGGAGACUCCUGCGUGCAGUCUGGCUGCCGGGUCCCUGCUCCGGGUCCCUGCUGUGGGUCCCUGCCUCCAAGCCCGCAGCUGGGCCAGCAGGGGCUGUCAGCACGAGGUCUGAGCAACGCCACUCACAGGCUCCGAUGCUCUUCUCGGGCUCCUUCCCUCCCCGCCCCCCAGUCCCCUCCUGUGCUUAGGAGGUCAUGUCCUCAUUUCUAAAUGUCUAAACAGAAGUACCCCUUGCUUUCUGUCCCCUUCUUUCCGGCAGGUGGCAAGAGCCCCCGGGGAAGGGGAGCUUGGGCCGCAGGGCGUGGGCAGGAGGCGCAGUGGACAGGGCCAGCUGGCCUGCCCUGAUCCUCUUCGUUCCCCUCACCUGCCCCCCAGAGCCCCGCUCCCCACCUGUCCACCCACGUCUGCAGGCUGAGGAGAGGAGCAGGGUCUGCAAGCUUCUCAGCCCUGAGCAUCCCUGGCUGGUCUCAUCCCUCGAGUCCCCUCCCUUAAGCCCGUGGCCACACAGCCAGGAGAGGGGGGCUUGCCGCCGAGAGCCCUGGCGCCCACCUCCUGCCAGCCCGGGCUGCCCAUCCGAGGAGCCCCAAACCAGUCCCGCCUCUGCUGCUGUCCCAGAGAACCCAGGGACCAACACCGGGCCAGGCUCCACCCCCAAAAGGGGCAGGAGGCUGGUUCCCACAGCCCCCGCACUGUCCUGGCCCUUCGGUCUCGGGGCAGCCCUUCUGCUGUUCCCCAGGGACCUCUCAUACACUGGCGCAGGAGGCUCCCCGCCUCCCCUCCAAGAGGUCCCCUUUCUCUGCCCGACCCCAGGGCAGGCAGGUAGGAGGCUCGGCCCCGGCCCGCCCUGCUGGUUUUUAGAUGGUCCCUGUGUUGGAAGUAAAAAGUGAAGCACUUUAUUUUGGUUGUGUUUGAUUGCGUUCUGCUUGGAAGUGGGGACCCCUCACUGCGUCCUUGUGUCUGCGACCUGUGUAGAGUGUCACCGCAUGUACAUAUUGUAAAUUAUUUAUUAACGGCUAAAUGCAAGUAAAGUUUGGGGGUUUUUUUGUUUUGUUA